AUGAAGCUCCUUCUCACCCUCAUUCUCCUUUCUUCCUCAGUGCUCGCAUUGCCAUGUGCAGCCAAUUCUCCGGACGCCGGAUGCGCCGUUGCUAUACCGGUCCGUGAUGUCGCUGUCAUCGAUUCUGCUAAUAUAGAAGUACGCACUAAAGGUUUAAGUCCUAACUUGAAGAGCAGCCUUGAAAGCGCGGCCAUUAUUAAGAGAGACUUUAAUGACAUUCCGACUCCCGUUCAACCAAACGCAGUGUAUCGCCUUUUGGGCGCCGUUUCCUUCACCGUCACUCAGAUUGCUCCCGGCAUAUUGGAGAUGGCUGUUCGAAAUCAAUUAACGAGAGGUGUCACUGCGGGUCUCUCAUACACCGAAGGCAGCGAUCAAGAAGCAACGUCUACUAGCGUGGGCCCUCGCAGUGUCCAGAUGUUACGGAUUUACCCGCCUAGAAAUUUUGGCGGAUCGUUCGAGAUCACUGCCAACCGGAUGUCUUAA